AUGGAAGAACAAAGGGAAAAAGAAAAUCUACAGUACAAAAUUGAAAUUUUUUCUAAAAUUCCAAGAAGAGUCAUAGUCGAAUUUCACUUCCACGCAAUCAAAAGGAAACUUCCUUACAUAUCCAUAUCAUAUUCACCCCUCAAACUGCUUAUCAACAUCGGAGUUGCAAAAUCCUUUCUUACUCUCAAAACUGCAAUCAAAUUUAAUCCAGACAACGUCAAACGUGAACCAUUCAUAGUUACUUCCAUCUUCCAGAAUCAUUCACAAGAUUAUUGUGCUGAAAUUCCAAUAUUUCCAGAAUUCAAUACAGAUGGCAACUUCAAAUUUUAUAUCUUCAAAUUUUACAAAACCUUUCAUGGUCUUAUAGACCUUAGACAACCUUAA